CUCUCCGUGACAGUGAACAGACAGUUUUGUAUCGAGUCAGAGACCAGCUGAGCAUCUUAGGAGUAACGAUAGUGAAAUGCAAUUCAAAUUGUAUAAUUGAGAAAUAUUAUAAACCGUUGUAAAACGUAUAUUACUUACAGAUUAUCCAAAGUGAAAAGGUGUAAAUUUGGCUUUAUGUUAUGGUUUCGGUUCACGAUAAGGAUCCCGAUAUUCUUCUUAUUGAUUCUUAGGAAACAUGCACGUGUGACGAUAGUUAGACCUGAUGAUGCUGCACGACGCAUGUAGAAUGAUAAGAAAUAAGGACAGCUUCUCUUCAUUCCUGGUUAGUAUCACGCACAACACCGAACAAAGAUCAGCUAUAUUCUUUUUAAUAGAACCAUCCAUUUUUUAACACGUUAACCAAUCUGUUAUAGCAUUUCUUAUAAAAGGAGGAUUGUAACCUAUUUAUGUCGAGAAACUAUUAGUAUCGAACAAAAAAACUUUGGAAAAACUGAACAACAUAAAUAAAAUAAUUAAAUUUUGGGUUUUUGUCAUAUUUUGUCAUUAUAGUAUUAACUAUUUAUAUUUAUAUUAAAUUAUAAUAUUAUAUACUAUUAUAGUAUUAUUAUUAUAUAUUAUAACUACAUAAUAUUAUAUAGUAUUAUAAGUUAAUAGUGCUAUAUAUUAAGACAUCCUUAUAUUAUAUUAUGUAUAAGGAACUUUAUAAGGAACUUUAUUCUAAUAUUAAUGUAAUUUGGGCACAAGAUUUCACACUGCACUUCUCUCUUUUUUUGUCAACUGAGUCCUAGGCCAUUAUACAACGCUACAUACAUACUAUGGAGGGGAUACAUACUUGUGUAUGUUUUUGCUCUACGUAUUCACUCUCGCACGCACAAAUGUACCAUAUAUACAACAACAACAAACCGCUCGUCUGAUGCCGGUCUUAGUUUGAAAAACCUGACUACGGAUUGGGAAAGGUGAUAAAUGAUAAACCUUUUGACAAAAGGACUGAUAUCGAGUCAAACAGUUCAGUACUUCCCUCAGAAUCUUGGCGAUACAUUGUAUGUCUCAUGAAGCAUGCGACUUGGUGUCGCGAGACCAAGCACCGAUUGUCAAUUUUUCGUAACUGGACAUAGACACAUAGCUAUCUCGUAACUAUACUACUAUUAUCAGUACCAGAAAUACGUUGGGUUGCUGUCGAUCGUUCGGUAGUCGUCAUAUUAUCUUUGAAGAGAACGCUUUGUAUAUAAUAGAGAAAUGAACACUUUUUUGCUCAUUAGCAGUUGGUAGAUAAUAGUGUUAAAUCAUGAGACAUAAAUUGAUAUGCUAGUUCCGUUUGCUGUGAACACUAUCAAUGUAGUGAAUGCUCUGCAUGAUUACAACUCUUCCGGUGAUGCAAAUAAGAAGGAAAACCUUUGUUUGAGUUAAUGGAUUAAAAACUAUUUGAAAGUGGUCUGUAGAACAGUAUAAAUCACAGAGAUGGCAACUGAAGUUACAGAGUCACAACCUUUCAAAAACUUAAAAGAAUUAUUUGAUAACGUGGGUAAUUUAAAACCAUGGCCAGAAAUUAAAGAAUUAAGAGAUUCAACCGAUUAUAUGUACAGUGGUUUAGAAAUAAGCGGAGAAAAAAUGCAGUUAGAAAAAUUGGAUAGAGAAGUACAACCGAGAACGUUGCUUUGUCAUGAUAUGAAAGGCGGUUACCUAGAAGACAGAUUUAUAAAUGGAUCAGAAUCUUAUGGUUCUUACCUAUUUUAUCAUUGGAGUGUUAUCGACACAUUUGUGUAUUUUAGUCAUCAUUUCAUAACUGUGCCACCUUUUGGAUGGAUUAAUGUAGCACACAAUCAUGGUGUAAAAGUUCUUGGUACUGUAAUUACAGAAAGAGAAGGUAUCUGGGAUGUUAUACUUGAAUCUCAGGAAGAAGUAAGACGGUUCGCAGAUGCACUAAUACUUGUUGCAAAAUUUUAUAAGUUUGACGGCUGGUUAUUAAAUGUUGAAAAUACCAUUAAAAGUGAGCAAGUUAAUAAUUUAAUUUAUUUCGUAAAAUAUCUGACAGAAAAUAUUCAUGAAGCAAUUAGAAAUUCUGAAAUUAUAUGGUAUGAUAGCGUAACCAAUGAAGGAAAAUUAAAUUGGCAAAAUGAGCUUAAUAGUAAAAACAUAGAUUUCUUUUUAAACUGUGAUGGCAUUUACUUGAAUUAUAACUGGACGAAAUCAAAAUUGAAAAACAGUGUGGCACUCGCAAAAAAUCACAACAGAGAUAUUCAUGAUAUUUAUGUAGGACUUGAUAUUUGGGGAAGAGGUUGUCCUGGUGGCGGUGGAUUUAAUUCAACAUAUGCUUUACAAAAAAUACGACACGAAGGACUUUCUGUUGCGAUUUUUGGUCCAGGUUGGACUCACGAAUUUUUUGGAUCUCAGACAUUCCAAGAAAUAGAAGAUCUAUUUUGGGCACAGUUGUUUCCUUAUUUAUAUGUUCAUGUACCCAUCUAUGAAGACGAAGUAUUCAAAACAUCAUUUUGCCGUGGCAGUGGCAGCUUGUAUUAUUGCUGCGGUCAGCCACUAUAUGAACAGGAAGGAAGAAAUUUUAUAUACAAAUCAUUUUACAAUUUAUCCCUGCAAAAUCCACAAAUUUCAGUACCUAUACCGCACAUGAAAUUUACAUCCUCUCCUCAACUUCCAGAACCGAAAAGUGAAAACGAUCGAAAUGAGUGUUCAAAAGGACCGAUACAAUAUGUUUAUGAAACGAGGAAGAAUGUUAUUCGAGUAUUAGAAAAUGUUGUAAAUAUUGAAAAUAAAAUGCCAAUGCUACAUGUAAAUAGCUUCGAAUUUUGUAACCAGUUUUCUUUCGAAGGUGGUGGUUGCAUAAAAUUAAUUACAAAUGAUCUUACAGCUACGUCAUAUCACAGACUAUUUCUCGUUCACAUCGAAUUUCAACAAGACAUUGUAGCAAUCAUUGCUUAUAAAGAAAUGGAGUCGUCCAUAGCAAACGGAAGUCAACACAAACCAAUACUAGUUCUCGGCAAUAAUACCGGCAUAAAAUCCAUCUUUCAUUAUGAAUCAAGGGAUUUGGUUUCAAACUGGAAAAAAUGCGUUUAUCUGACGAACAUGAGGACUGUGAACGAAAUUGGUAUAUCUUUCGCGAGGAGUAACGUCUGCUAUCUGGGAGAGGUCAUCCUCAAACAAAAGCAGCGACACCUGAACGCUGACUCUACUGCUCAGAUUGCUACCAGGAUUCAAUUAUCACUUCCAAAUACAACGUGGAAUAAAUCUAUCGCUGCAAAUAUUGCGAAUGUUGAACUUGAUGUUGACAGAGCUGGCCAAGAGGAGACUGAUGCUACAAUAUCUGAAAAUAACUUUAUAUGCGACACGCUUGAAGGAGGAAAUGAAACAAAUAAAACAAACAUAGCUGAAAAUAAAGUUUUAUCAAUAGAUGUAAAGCAAGAUUCAGAAAAUCUGAAGAAAGACUCAACGCCAGAAUUUCCAGCGACUGAGACUUCUAGUACAGUACCAAAACCUCCUUCUGCAACUUCAUUCAUUUCCAAUGCUUUGGAAGGUCUAACAUUGCCAGAUAAUAAAUAUGCAAAAACUGUACAAACAGUCGACCCAGUUUCACAUACAUGCCAAGAAGAAUGCAUCGAUGAACGGAGUAACCUUGAACUUGCAAUUCCCAAAUCAUCAAUCUUAUCUAAUAAACAAUAUGCAUUUGGUAACACAAGUACGAGUCAAUUUCUUACUUCUCCAGCAUCAGAAAGUAAAGAGUCAGUGUGUGAUAACGCAGAGAGUAGAUCUACGGCUUUCUGUUGGAAUCCAAUAACAACAACAUUAUCAAGUCCAACAUUCCAGGUACCUACUGCAUUACAAACUUUGCAUAAUCCUACAACACCCAGAUCAUCAAUUUUGGCACCAACUACUUUUAAUCUAUCUAAUACACAAUAUGCAUUUGGUAACACAAGUACGAGUCAAUUUCUUACUUCUCCAGCAUCAGAAAGUAAAGAGUCAGUGUGUGAUAACGCAGAGAGGAGUAGAUCUAGGGCUUUCUGUUGGAAUCCAAUAACAACAACAUUAUCAAGUCCAACAUUCCAAGUACCUACUGCAUCACAAACUUUGCAUAAUCCUACAACACCCAGAUCAUCAAUUUUGGCACCAACUACUUUUAAUUUAUCUAAUACACAAUAUGCAUUUGGUAACACAAGUACGAGUCAAUUUCUUACUUCUCCAACAUCAGAAAGUAAAGAGUCAGUGUGUGAUAACGCAGAGAAUAGAUCUACGGCUUUCUAUUGGAAUCCAAUAACAACACCAUUAUCAAGUCCAACAUCCCAAGUACCUACUGCAUUACAAACUUUGCAUAAUCCUACAACACCUAGAUCAUCAAUUUUGACACCAACUACUUUUAAUUUAUCUAAUGAAAUGUGUGGCGAAAUUUCAUGUAAACCUUCCACUUCUGCAGUACUUGAAAAUAAACCUACAUUUUACGAUUCAACAAUAAGAAACCAACAAGAAACAAGAUGCAAUACAACACUCGGGAUGCCAACUGCAAUGUCAACUUCAUUUGCCACAUUAUCAGCGACAUCAAUGGUACCUGGUGGUACUACUUAUACAAUGCCUACCAGCGAGUCAGCGCGUGUUGUACAUGUACAUCAAACAUUUUUACUUCACGGCAUUCCUACUGAACCAGUUGUAAUACCUCCAUUCAAUUUUUCUGCGAAUGCCAUACCUACUGUAUCGACUCAGAAUCAAGCAUCAAUUGGUUUCUCCGGUAAUACAUUUAACGCAUCUUAUCCGGUACCAGCAGCAUUUCCGCAAUAUACAACUGCAAGUUCAUUUUCUACAUCGCAACCUGUUACAUAUAGUCAACAAUUGCCUACUUCAUCAUCAAUGCCUUUAAUAAGACCGUUUAAUUUUGCUUCGCCAUCGGGAGAUUGCACAGCUGGACCUGCUUCAAUCCAAUCUAGAGGAUUUAAUUUUAAUCCUCCUAAUACUAAACCAUCGUUCUAUUUUAAUGUUCAUAAAUUCAAUGCGCCUGUUCAAGUACGUCAAGGUACUGCGUCUACUCAAGUACGACGAAAGUGCAAGAAACAAAAUAGAAGAUUAAAAUAGCGGUCAAGUAACAGCGUUCUUUUUAUACAGUUGCUCAUAAAAGUAUUCAUAUUGUUGUAAAAGACACCGUUUAUGAAUAUACUAUAUGUCUAGUAAGAAACAUUUUGAAAUGUCAUUAGUAUUGUAACAAAAUCCGAUUGUCAUAGUUAUAUUGGUAAAUUUUUUAGCAAAUCUGAAAAUAUACAUAGAUAUUACAAAACACCUAACACAUGUAGAUAUUUUGUACAAAUCAUGAAAGUAUUUAAACAGUCCAUUUUCCAUAUGUAUAAAAUAAGCCUAAAUAUUUACUGGGAUCACUUUUGAACUUAUUGUAGGCAUACCUGAGGAGAUUAUUAAUGCUGUGUGCUAAUCUUUAUUAAAUAUAUGUUUGUAAAUAAGUUCUAUGUAUAUUUUCAGAUUGGUUUUAGGCUUUUCUAUCAUAACAAUAGUAGUUGUAAAAUACUUUUAUGAGCCAUUGUAUCUAUUUCAUACAACCGCGUGCAUCAAAAUGUUUUGAAUAUAUUUGGUGUUCGGAAAUCAAGCAAAGUCUGAUUCACUGAUGCUUUCGUUUUCGGAAAAAAAAAAAAGAAAAUAAAAA